CAUCCUGUUCCUGAGGGAGCUGAGAAGUGCCAUGAAGAACAAGCUUUGUUCUCAGAGCCUCUUGGCUGCUGUGUCUGAGAACUCCCUCAGGCUGCAGGAGGCUGCCUGGCUCUCUUACUUGUCCUGCCCUGAAGACUGUGGUCGCCGUGAAAUCCUAGCCCUCAAGGAGGAGAUAAAGGUGCUAAUGGAAGCACUGCUCGAUGCCUCCAACACCCUCUUGGUCUCCCCACUGUCUACUGCCAGCUUGUACAUUCGCUUUGAGCUCCUGCAGAGAGACUUGGCCCUCAGGGUCAAGGCGCUGCUGCUCCACCUGGAGGAGGCCAACACCGAACACCUACGGAUCAUCCGAGAUGUCCUUGGACCAGCCCUGUCUCCCCUCUCUGAGGAAGAAAGGGAGAAGAGCAAACAGGCUUUUGAACAGAAGGCAAGUCAGCUAAUGGCCAACAUUCAGUGGGUCAGAACUACCCUCCACGAUGUCCUGGAGACCACUGCUCAACUGCAGUCGCAGGCAAACCUGCUCUCUGUCGCAGACCAUCUCCUGAUUCUGACGUCUGAUGCAGUGAGCAGUGCCAGCCAGCUCUUCCAAAGCCACCAGGACCGAGGGCAUCUCCACCUAGACAGCAUUGUCUGGUACUGGUCAGCACAAGCACACUACCUCGUCACACGACUUCAGGCUGUCCAGGGCAUUGGUGGGCACGUCCUGGAGCUCAUGAGACAAUGCUUGCAGAAUGCAGGGAACCGGUGCUCUCCAAGACAGCACAGCAGCGUAGCCAAGCUCUCCGCAGCCCAAGAGCUUGGUGCUGUGAGCCACACAACAUCAGCAGAAACUCACCUGACCAGGAGUGGAUGUGCAAGCAGAAUGGCCAGAGAGGCACGUGAAAUGUUCUUGUCUCGACAGCAGCAGAGCGGUCCUCUCAGCGUCUCCCUUGCCAGCAGCCCUAGGAGGUACGAGGGAGAAGACAGUGACACGCUGCGAAGAGGCUCCAGCAGGAUGUUCCAGGUCACCAAGGACAUGGCAACAAGGAUGCUUCACAUGACUCAGUUUCUGAGGAAGAAGGGCCCCAUCACAAGCAAAGAACAGCUUGUCACCUGUGCCAGGCAAAUCGCCUCUGACGGGCAGGUGUUUGUCAGAUUUGGCCGCAUUGUUGCGAAGAACUGCCCGGACAAGAGCUGCUCCUCGGAGCUGCUGCGUGCCGCAGAGCAGACCCACACCAUCAGCAGCCAGCUCGGCAUUGUGGCCAGGGUAAAAGCAGUCACUGCAGAGAGCAAGUCCUCUUCGGAGCUGCUCGUGAGCAACGCGCAGAAUCUACUUCAAGCCAUUUUGCAUGUUCUGAGGGCAGCCGAGGCAGCAUGCAUCAAAGGCUUGCAACAGCCCCCACCUGACUCUGAAGAAGGGGAAGUAGCUGCUUUUUGUAUUCAGUGGAGAAAAAACCUGUUGCGGCACAGAGCCGAGGAGUGUUUAAACUCAGACAGGGAUGAACUAGGCCUCCGCAAGACUCAGGCAAGGGCUGAGCCCACCCUCACAGCUAUGGUACAAGAACAACCACCUCAGACCAGGAACAACCCCAAGAGUCCGAAACCUACUAAAGGACACGCAAUUACAGGCAGCCACCCCUAAAAGCAGGACGGGACUUGUGCUGUGGGUGAACUGCAUCGCCAGCUGGCCUCGGCAGAAAGAGCACAGCCAGUGCUGGACUCGCCCAGCUCACAGCUCUUCUGCUAGAGCUGCGCUCGUAGGACUGAAAGCGCAAGGCCUGAAAAGGCUUUUGUGCGCUGGCUGCUCUGCCUAUGGCAAACCCCACCCUGCAGACACUGCUUCCUUUUGGCAACUGUAUGGAGAGAGGAAUAAAACAACGCCACACGCUAGUGUUAUUUCCUAAGAGGCCUCUCCUCCAGAUGGCGUGUGAAGUUGAGUAAUGCAACGUGAUACUGAGCCACAGAGGACAAGGGAGCUGCGGAAGAGCCAUCAGAGGAGCUUUACCCAGGGAAAGGGAAACCAGAGGGGUUCCUGUUCAGCAGAACACCAGCAUUCACGGAUCUUUGUUAUGUGGCAUGUGAGCCAUUCUAAAACCGUAAAUCAGUGGCCACCAACAGGCUACCCGGGAAUCAAAUUCUUUACAAUGCAUACUCCCUGCAGGUGUGAGAUGGCUGGGGCUCUUACCUAGUCAGUCAGGCUUCUGGGGCCAGGGGCAGGGGGAAUGUUAGGUAAGGAAAACCUCAUUGGAUGAGGUACCUUUAUUACAUUUCUUUCAGUAACUGCCAGUUUGCUGUGUUCUCCAGCACCUGAGAUGAACAGAAGGAUGUAGGAACAUACUCGUAGCAGCACCAGCAAAUCUGGCUGGUCGGAAGGAUCAAGGGGUUCUGUAAAUGUCUGUUUUGCUCGUCUCCUGCACAAGAAAGUUUCAUAGCUGGGAGGCCUUUUGCAGCACCCUGAUCUUAAGCACACUAUCAAAUUCCUCUUCACCUAGCACUAUUGUGUAAUUCUAAUAGACACCAUCCUAUCAAGGGCGGCUGAAGGGGAUUUUUAACAACCAUCACCUUUUCUUCUUGGGGUAACAAUCCUAACUGCUGCACAGAAGUGCAGCCUGAGAUACACAAUCCUGCAGAAGAGUCACUGCAUACUGGGGAACUCACAGGCAAAAUACAAAUUCAGAAGGUAACAAGAACAAAGGUACCACAAAACCUGGAGGAAACAAGAACUGAAUGAGAAGGAAGACUAAGGGAUAGGGUCACUGACUUCUGAAAUGCAAAACAAGUUUGUAAUUAAAUAUUCUACACUUUGCAAGAAUAAAAUGACUUGAUUUUUGUUAUGAAGGGUUCAUAUCAAAGUAUUUUCAUCAUAGUAGAAAAACAGCCUACCAAGGGAGGCUAGAAAUCUCCUUAAGCGUCCUUUUAUCAUGGGGUAGCAAACACCAGCUGCCAAUCUAAGAACACGCAGUCUGUCUGAAGUGCAGAGAACAGACAAGAUGAAAGAAUCAUUUCACUCUUUCACAUCUGCAGGGCCAGCAACAGCAUUUGGUCACACCUGCUGCCCCUGACUCAGCACAUCCUACAGCCUGCAGAGAAAUGAGACUUUUCUCCAAGAUCCCUUUCAGCCCUAGAAUUCUAGGACACACUGCCACAGUAAAACCUUCAGUGCUGAUGAUCACCAACCUUGCAACUAGGAGUUUCUGGAGUAUCCAGGACCAUCGAUACUGGCUGCUCCCACUGCUGCUCUCCACGUCACAGCCUCAGACAGGAGUUGCGAGUGUCCGAGGGAAACACCACUCCGGCAGCAUGCUGUGCUUGUGGAAGAGAUGGAAGCAAGCCUCCCCUGCGAAAGACACAGUCAGUUCACACAGCAGACCAGGCUUGACUUGCUUAGUGGCUGCAGUCCAUCCCAGCCAACCUCAGUGGGGCAGGACUGUCCCCACACACUUUCCUGCUGGGCUCAGGCACGCCCCCAGCACCUUCCCUUUGAGAAAUCAGGUAGUGCAGCACUUGCAUCAUAGCAAUGAAUCUCCUCUGUGUUCAAGAGAAUAGCAGCAGGCACACCAGAUCAUCCUUGGAUUCAGGGAAGAAAUCUGCAAGGAAUAAACCAGUGAGCACGGGUGGACAGAAGAGCUGAGCAGCAGCCCACAGACCCUUGUGCUGCCCACUAGGAACUUCUGGCCAGGCAUGGCUGGACCAAAGAAGGAAGGAAGGAAGUGGUUACACAUCGAGAUGACAGGCUGCAGGGACAAGCUAGCUCCUUUCAGAUCACAUUUCCUUCUUACCUUGUCCCCCUUCUUGCCCCAAAUAAAGACCUGUAUUGUAUUAAAGGUACUGAGAUGGCAGUGGAUCUCUAAGGUUAGAAACUAGCACUCCACGCCCCUCUGCCAGAACACAUUCUGUUUUCAUCUGCAGCUCCAGAAUACACAACUGGACCAAUGGCAAGCCACCCAAGGUCCUUCAAUUAUCUCAACUGGUAUCAUUUUGUCCUUGGUCUUAGGCUUUCCUUUGCCCCUUCUUUUCCCAAUACUUUCAAAAAGAAAGAAAAACAAACAAACAAAAACAAACGAGUUCAAUUUAGUGAUGAUAUCCUCCCUGCCCUACAGAAGCUGUAACUUGAGGUUACAGCUGCCCAUCCUGCAGGUAUGGACUAAUUACCUUCCAUAUCUGAACAUGAAACCACACAUUUGGCUUCAAUAAGAACUUACUACCUUUUCUCUUUGUUCCUCUAAUCAGUCCAUGUGCUCUUUCCAAACUAUUUCUAUUUUUCCUUGCUGUUCAAUGCUGGCUCAUUUUUUAAUGAAAUUCUUUAACAAACUUGUCAUCAGAUGCAGAAGCAGUAAGUAGGACUAGUGGAUUACUCUCCAAAAUAACGUUGACAUUUUGUGUCUAGUUCUGUUAUCUAGUUCUCAAUUAUUGCAUGUGCUAUUUAAAAUACCAUUUAAUUAAUACAAUUUAUACUCUGAAAAGUUGUGAAGGCAAACUGAAACCAUGACUGCCUUCAGCAAUGUCUCCCCUGCCACAUUUGGCACACAGAAAUCAGCAGCUUCCCUGAGCUCAUCCAAGCUCUGUUCAGCAAUGCAAGACAGCUCACGUUCCUGCCUGGAUCGCUGCUGUGUCUCACAGGCUCAAAAAAUCAAAACCACACAAGUUGUGAUAACCAUCAUGCUGUCCCUGUCCCAAGCGUUCCCUGGGCCAACAAACAGGAAGAAAGAGGAAAAGGUCCACUGAGGAAGAGACUUAAUGCAAAGAACCAUUGCACGUGGGUGGGAACCAGGUGGCAAUUGAGCAGACUGCAAAUUUUUAUUUUCAAUGUAGCUAGCUAGGUAUAACUACAUUUCCGCUAUAUAAAAAGCAAACAAAAAGGUAAAACAAGAGAGGCUUUGAGGACAGUUGUGCUCUGGGCAUGCAACAUCUUCAGAAAUUAAAGAACAUGCACGACGUUUCUCAUAGCGAUGAUGAUCUUUGUAGUAAGGGAACGACGACAACAAGUGUGAUCCCGGAACCACUCGGCAAGCUAACUCAUUGGGACUCAACGCAAGGUCAGCUUCAAAACCCACUGCCAUCUGACUGGCAAGUGGCUGAGCAGCUGAGCUAAAGGCAACUUUAAUCACCUUCGUCCUUCGGACACCCCCUCUGCUGUUCCUCCAGCCGUCAACUAGCUGCCAUCACAUCAACAUCACAGCCGUUACCAGACUUUAGCUGUACCCUUUUUAAUUUUUUGUUAAAAAUGUCAUAAAGACACAAUGAAUACAAGUACUGCAGUUACAUCAAUACAAAAAAAGCAAUACAAAUUAAGCAGCUGAAUACAAAAAUACAUUGAAAUACA